AUGAGAAUCAGCUCAUUCCUCUGUGUCCUGACGGCCGCCUUGGCCCAGGCACUACCCACAAAGAUUGGAUCAAAGGCCGAACUACCGGCUUAUUUUAUUCUUACAGGAGAUUCCACGACAGCCAGUGGGGGCGGCUGGGGGGAUGGCUUCCUAAGCUACGCCCGAAAUUCAGCUUCCGGAAUAAAUCACGCCAAGAACGGUGCCACAACUGUAUCAUUCAAGUCGGAUGGAUACUGGGCAAAGGCAAUCCAGUCUAUCAAGGACAAAAAGGCCAGUUAUAGGCCAAUUGUGACCAUUCAAUUCGGACAUAAUGACCAAAAGGCAGAGAAGGGCAUUUCUGUCGCGCAAUUUACAACUAAUUUAAAGACGAUGGCCAACGAAGUCAUCUCUGCGGGCGGCACUCCAAUCAUCGUUACUUCUCUAAGCCGCCGCACGUUUAGCAAUGGGAAAGUUGUUGAGAAUCUGGCAGAGCACUCCGCUGCUGCGAUUUCGGCUGCCAAUUCCCUCGGUAUCAAAUAUCUUCCCCUGAACCGGGCAAGUACCGAUUACCUGAACGCUAUCGGGCAGACAAAUGCAGACAAGUACAACAUGGAAGAGGGGGACAGAACACAUCUCAACUCGGCUGGCAAAAUCGUGUUUGGUCGCAUGGUCGCCGACCUUCUUGAUGUAGCUAGAGCUGAUUUGAAGACAUAUCUCAAGGACAACAAAGCGCUCAGUGACAAGAUUGCCAAGGGCGAAUUUGCCACAGGCUCGGAAUAG